CAUCCAGCAUGGUUACGUUCCUGCUACCACUAUUGACGGCAACAUAGAACCAGACAGUGCAUCCAUCCAUUAUUUUACGUGACUUCAGGUUUCGUUCAACCACAAUCUUGCCCAGAACCCUGGCACACAUAUCACACUUGUCACUGCCGAAGCUAAAAUUCGUGCAUGCGCACAAGCCGAAGUCUACCGAAGCGUGUUUGUUAACUGUUAACACGCACGCAACGUCUGGGCCCCUCCACCGGCGCGCACACGUCACGUACAAGCAGCCAAGCAUGGCUGAUUCGCCGCCGGAGCAGCUUGGAUUCAGGGCUGUGUGGGCAGAGGGGAAAAAGGGACGUGAAGGCGGACUACCAAUCAAUUUAGACAUGGGUCCAGUUUACGCCGUGCAAAUUGAAUAUCGGGAAGCAGGCGAUGCUGGAAGACGACACGUGAGUGCAGCGCGUUGAAAAUAAGUUACAGCACUGGAGUGAAGGCCAUGGUUUACCUGGUGGCAAGCAUUGACAGUCUGUGUGUCCGUCUGAUGCUCUUCGUGUAACCCACUGUGUGCCACAUUUUCUGGUCCUUACUUACUGUUUUAAUCCGAUGGUAAUAAAACUGGCUCUUGUAUCGAUGCCAGAAACAAUUAAGCUCGGGGUAUACAACCGCUGAUGGGCCGCUGCAUAUUUGAGAUGCUCUCUUCGGAACCUGACGACCAAAUCAUUUCAUGAAAAGUUGAUCGGCUUAUCUCGGCUUUAAAAAACCAAUCAGCAACUGCGACGGAUUCCUGUCACCGAGUUGAGCCCUAUACCGACCACAGUGCUGCAGCUUUAUCUAAAGCAUCGAAAGGUAUAUUUUGAUGGUGAAGCGAACUGGUUGACAGUUGGUGCUCACGCGUGUCAAUGGAAGUAUCAAUUACAUUGUGACACUUAAUAGCUUGGCUAGGCUCUGGUCGACUUCGCCUGGGACAAUCCCUCUUCAGGAAUUGGCGUUUGGGCAAUAAGAUUAAGAAACUUUUGAACAGUUCGCUUUGAAUCGCUCUUUGCAAGUUUACUGCCGUCGAUUCGCCGAUGCAAUUGUCUCUGGUACUUCGCGGUGUCCGGCGGUUCUUUAUUGGAUAUCGUUGCCAAGCGUAUGAAAUUGGCGGGCAAUAAAGUUUACGGAGUGGAGUUUUUUACAGUUUGAGAACCACGCGUUGUUUACGAGGGCCGCGAGUAAAUAGUCGACAGCAAAAUGACCGGAAAAUAUCUGUGAGCUGCGGGAUUUACUCACUGACAAAAGGUCCCCAGGACAAUCGGUGACAAUAGACGGCGCCUGGAACGGGAUAAUACGGGCAGGAGGCCGAAAGCCUGAGAGGGAACUUACCGCUACAAUCUCGGAAAUAAACACUUCAAUAGUCAUCUUCCCAAAGAAAGUUGAACAUUGAUCGUUUCUAGCCGAGACCCGUACAAGGGUGCGUGGGGACAUGGAGAUACAAAGUUUGGGAACCGUGGUCACCACUGUCGCUUUUCUUGCUCUCUGUGGUCUAGCAUCCGCCGGGAACCAGCUGGACGGCCAUAUCGUGAGGGCGCUGUCGGAGUCCGAGUGCGGGGCUCAACUGCGGCGUCUCCAAGGCAACGAAGGGGUAUCGGCUGUUGUGCCGCCCCGCCUCAAGGGCGAGUGGGUGUCUAUGAGAUGUGAGGUACGUCCCGGUCCGGAGUUCAUCCUCCGGCGGUACAAGUUCCACUCUGACUCCAGCUUCAGCCUGCAUCAGUUCUUCUAUGCCGACAACCAGUGUCGGCAGCCGGCCUAUUCCCUCAAGAUCCGGGGAACCAUCGCCCUGGGCCAACAGGCGCUGCUCUUAAGCGGUGCCACGGAGGCAGAGUACCUGGUCUCCAAGGUGACCAUGGUGGUAUACGAUGAAAGCUUCGGCAGGACUCUCAGGACGCAGGUGAACAGGACGUGCCCCGGGUUCUUCAGGUCCACCAACCAUCUCCUGGAGCUCUACCAGCGCUACGUGGUGGUGGACUAUGAGCAAGAGUCCUCCCUCACUGAGUGCACCGAGGCCAUGAGUUUCGCCAUGCAUGAGCUGCAGAUGGUCAGGCAUGAGUUCCACUCAGAGUUCAACACCAGGAUCGCCAAGUUUGUCUCCUGGGAGGAGCUCUUCCUCGGAGACAUCCAUCCGGUCAGGAGCGAAAGGAUUCUUUACAGGCCAAAGGUGUACCAGUCUCCGCUGAGAAAAUAUCAGGCCAACUGCAGCUUCUGUCAGCUGAUUCACAACACGGAAGAGUUCAAUCCACCGCUGUUGCCGGCCAGGGCAGAGUACCAGGUGACGCUCCGCAGUGAGUGGGUCAGCACGCGCUGCGAAGUGCGCAAGGUCCACUUUGUCAUCCGACAUCUCGUCUUCCACAACAACUACACCUGGGAGGGCUACUUCUUCUACUUCCGUGACCCCCUCUGCCACCAUCCCGUCUACAGCCUCUACGUCAAAGGCACCCAUUCAGACGGCAUGCUCUCCCAGGCGGUCCCGGGUGGGACCGAGUUUGAGUUUCUGACCUCCCGGAUGUGGAUCACGCCCCAGAGCUCGGAGCAGGUGGCGAGGAUGAACAAGAACGACGGCGACUGUGGGGCGCGGGGCUCCUGGCGGCUGAACCAGCCCCAGGAGGUGACGGGCACCGGUGGCUGCACGGUGAUCGGCGUCACGCUGCCCUACGCCGAGAAGGAACUCCUGAGGAUGGAGCAGGGGCGGGACGGGAGGGCACUCCUCUUCAGUGGGGAGCGAUACCCGGACCAGAGCUCCUUGCAGGAGCAGCCGACCUCCUACCAGAGUCCUGUCAGACACUGUGCUGGGGUCAAUCCCCUCAUGGACAUCACGGUGACAUCAGAAAACGAUGACAACAGCAGCACCAGAAUUAGAACAUCAUACACCCUGCAGACAUUAGUCUUGUGUGUCUGGUUUCUCAUCCACUCUGUAACACAUUGAUGCAUGGCCUCUACAUCAACUCAUGAUAGUACUAUUAAGUCAUGGGCUCUGUCUUAACAUGACCUUCUAGUGGCUUAGAAGCCACAGUUCCUAACAUGUGAGGACACUCAAAGUGCCGUUUCUUUCUGUCGAGUGCCAACACUGGGGGUGUUCCUCUCGUAAAUUUCAAGACAGCUUCAGUUCAUUUGGUUCCAUUGUGAUUCUAAGACUAGAGCGCAAGAUGAAAUCAAAGCCUGAGAUGAAGCCAGAAUUUCACCAAUGGCAAAGACCAUGCCUAUUUUUAUGGGCCCUUGCUUGAGUUGGAUCUCACAAGGCUACUUAGCUCGCCAAUGAUUAAUGCACAGAGCCCGUGAAAAUAAAAAAAAUAACACUCUCUUGUGAAGCAUUUGAUUUAUAAGGCCUACAGCUUUCCACUAUGUACUCAUAUAGGGGGUACAUAAUCAAAACACGGAUGUGUGACUUGAAACAGACUCAAUCUUCAUGCAAAGUGGCCUGAACCUUAAGAAACUUAAGGAAUAGUAUGUAAACAAGAAAGCUUGUUUUAAACAGGAUUCAUGGAUGUGUGAAAUAAAAAUAUUUCACGGGGCUUGGCACUAGGUCACCCCCCCCCAAGAAAACCUUUAAAUCUGACUUCAGGAAAGUGAUACGGACAAGUAUUUAUGGGGCUCGACAAAAUGACGACAAACCCUGUGCACCGUUCAAUAAAUUCCUUCAGUCAAGGAAACCAAAAAUGAGGGAGAAAAAAGAAGGGGGGGGAGAGGAAAUCGGGAGGAAAAAAUCCAGGGCAAUUUCUCAUUGGUAAUUUCAAAGAGGACAGACCAUGGACUGAGAGGGAGAGAGAUUUAUGAGGUACAUGUAACGGACCUUCGGCAAACACCUAUCACACUGACCUCCUGGCAAGGUUGUGGCAAAUUGCUCCGGAGUAAAGGAGGCUAAUCAGAAAGGGAAAAAAAGGGUCUCUCACCGCAAAUCCAGGACUCUCGGGUUAAUCACUGUCUGAGUUACAAUCAUCAUCAAAAUUGUGGGGGGGGGAUAUUACUGUGAUCAUUAGGACACUACGAGGAGAAGUUGAAGCUGAUACAUAAAAGUCUGUGGGGGCUGUGAGACGAUUCACAUAUCCAACACAGCAAACUGUAUGGAUCAGUUAGGCCCAAUGCUAAGGAAAUGGAAUGUUCCGCAGUGACCAGUGGUCCACUCCCACCUGGUGAGAGAAUUGGGUGUCGUCAAUUUCACCAUGUGGGGGGUCACCUCGAAGAGGAUUUUGGUGGAAAUAAUGAAGGACUGAGUGGUCAAAUUUACUGCAAAGCUUUCUUGGCCCAUUAAGUCCUUACAGGAGUGCUAGAAAACAUAUGUAAUGAAUAAAACUAAUUUUUACAAUCACCGAUGAAAAAACAAAAAUGCCCAGUCAAUUAAGUCAACUUGAUAUGCACAACAGAUGUGCAAAUUGUUUGAGAGGGUCCCUUGCACUUUGGUGAUAUCUAUGCACUUGAAAUUGCUAAUCUUUACCAGAAACACCAGAACAUUUAAUGUCCAGGCUAAGAUGUAAACUGUACAUGUGUAUAUUUUUGUGGUUAAGGUAAAAAAAAACCACCAGUCUCAUUCGAAUAGCAAAUAAUGUAGAAAACCAAAAAGGAAGUGAUUAAUUUUACAUGCCUACACAUAUUUUAAAUACCUGAAAAUAAAACAGACACCAAAGCGAUCUUCUUUUGUAUUUUUAUCCUCUGGGGAGAAUUGUAUAUAUACAUGUAGAAAUGAACUACGCAGAAGUACACAAUAUCCAGAGUUUGUGUGGGCAGAUUUCCAAAGUCACCUGUGUUUGGCAGAAAGACUGGGGCUUGACAAAGUUAGAGUUGGAUUACAGGAUGCAGGCAUGGCGAAAUCAUCAGCCAUAUGGUGCGUGAAAAAAUAACCAAGAAUGUCCCACAACAAAGUUGACAAUACAGAAGUUAUGUGGUAGCUUGGUUCCUUGAAUGCGGCCAGGGAAAAAAAACAUUUGCAGUAGAUCCUAAAAUGCAAAAAUGUGAAUUUCCGUACAGCAAUUCAGGAGGGAAUAUAUUCAGUGGUUUCUCUUAUGAAGCAUUUCUUCCUUUUGUUAUUACAGAAGUAAGACCUGCUUAACAAAAACCAUGAAGAGAAAUAUUGUCGCCUAUUUUGAUUGGAUUUAUAAACUGGUCCGUUGAAGAAUUACGAACACAGAGGCAUGCCUUGCUUUAAAUUACAUUUCCUGGGCAUGACAAGGUUUCAUCUUCUUCAAAACUGUACAGAAAAAAAACCACUUUUCCUGGUCUUGUUUGGUUUAUUGUAUUAAUGUCUAAACUUAAAUGUCUUAUGCCUUCCAUUGUUUCAAUCCAUCCUAUUGUUCUAUUCAGCUCCUUUCCUUUGUAUACAAACACUGUUGGUAUGCAAAAUAGUUUUGUACUUUUGUGGAUCUUCGGUAAUCUGCACAGUUUAAAACAGUUGUUAUGGAAAACAUCAAAGCUCAGAAUACUAUAGGGUGUCUAUGCUUUUAACCAAAACUUAAGAAUUUGUUUUGAAACAAAACCGAGUAAGCCUACCCAAUGGUUUUAUUAUUUCCUAAUAAAUUUGUAUUUGUAAAUACAAUGAUUUGUACAUUUGAACUAUGCUAAAUGAGAGGUGAGUUGAGCUGAACAUCUACUAUUGUGCUCCUUUGUAAAUUUGCUGUGAAUAAAAUAUUGGAUAUAAUUUUCUCUGUGUGAAAUUCCCAGCUUGUGACAUUCAACCCUCAAAGGAAUAAAUUUUGGAAGUAGUGAAUUCAA